AUGUCUUGGCUCUGCUGCUGUCAGCGACGGCCACAAUCGCGACCGAGGACCCUCGUGGAGAUCCAUUCUUCGCCAUGCGCCACACCUUCGGUCAAACUUGACCAUGUCAUCUCAUUUCCAGGCGACGCACCGUUCCCUACAUGUACACCAAAGACAUCUUCGGUAACUCCGAUACCGGGUGCGCCGAGCGAGCCACAAGAGGUCGAGGAGUUAAUCGUCGACGAAUCGGACGAUGAACACGGUGCUCAAUUCCACCUUAGCCGUCCCAAGAGCACUUCGACUCUCGAAUUUGUCAAAACCAAGAUUCAAAGGCAUCUAUCUGUCGAUUCAAUACGGGGCCCAAGCCUCCAAACAACGGCUUACGGGCCGGAAACAGCUGCACGCCGAGCUGAACUGAGGCGCCUCAUGCAUAAGAGGAUAUGGGAUGAACUACAAUCGGAGGAUCACUCCAAGGCUCAGGAGGAGCAAGACGCAGGGCCCGAUGCCAGUCUCUCUCAGAGGGACCUCCUUCCAGGUGGUCCCAGGGAUAUGGUGGAGUUCUCGAUUCUCGAGCUUGUCGAAGACCCUACUCGCCGUUCAAGCGGCGUGGCGAGCCAUGCCCAGCUGCGUCCUGAGUUAGAAGGCAAAGACUUCGAGAAAUUAUUCAACCUCACCAAGCCAGAUCGUCGUGCCAGCUGUCCCGGUCGCCUUACACGAGAUACCAGUCACCACAUGCUAUCGAUUCUCGCGGGAAGGACGAGAAAUGUCUCGCUUCCACAACUACCAAGGCCAGCAUCGACGACUUCCCUCGAAAGUUUGGCAAGCCAGCAAUCACUUGAGUCUUGGACACUGUCAAUGAACCCAGAUCAACUCAAUACGAUCUUGAGUCUUGGAGAAGACCCUUCUCGUCGGACUGAGCCAUCCGCAGCUUCUAUGGCACAAAAGAAGGACAGUUUCCCUUCUGCGGCUAUUGAAGGAACCAUCGUGCCGCAUAUCACUGAUGAUACCCCAAGUGACCGAGCCAUCAGCGAAACCGGACCUAUGUCGUCUCGUGACGAAUCACCGGUGAUUCAUCCUGGCAAUCAUGAACAAUGCCCAUUGAGCACAUGGCUCAGAAGUCAAGGACUCAGCUCCGGAGCUCGAUCAUUUGCCUUCUCCGAGGGCGACUCUCAAGAUUCAAACGAGAUACACGAAGCCAGACUCGUCAAAAUCGGCAGACCAAACAGCAUGUUCCAUAACAUCAACGAUCGGGACGGCGAAGAGGGGCUUCGACCCCGGACGGUCCAUCUAUGUGACAUGAAUAUUCCCAAGCAGUUGGAGUCACAGAGCCUGGCCACAUCCACCACAUCACCGGUGCGCCGAGCUGUAGGCCUCUCACACAUAAGAGGGCCAUCUCUACUUACUCAGGAGUCGAGGAUCAGCUCUUUGAACCUCCAGCACGGAAACGCUAUUGAUGAUUCAUUAAUGCAUGCAGACCCUCAAACUUCUCAUGUUGGACAGACUCAAAACUCCGUGUCCCGCUCGUCAUCAGUAUACACAGCAAGCCACUGCAGUCACAUCUCUAUCGCUACUUCAACUCAUCAACAUGCUAUACUCGGAACUCACGAGAAGCUUGGUAAUGAAGGUGUACUGGUCUCCAGUUCCCAAAAGCCGGAUGUUGGUCUAGGUGCACACUUUCGACGACUGCCUGUCUUCUCAAGACGGAAUUCAGCGCAACCGUAUGGAAAAUCAUCGCGAAGAUUCUCGUUACAGGCUCCACCUUCUCAAUUUGAGUUGCAGCGUGGUCGAAACUCCUCGCCCAUAACAGCAUCAGAAACUUCCAGCUUUCGUCGUCGAGAAGCUGAAUUGCAAGCGAUCGAAAAACGAUUUGAGAACUCUGAGUUGCGACGGCGCCCGAAAGUGUCUGUGCCCAGUAAAUUCAGAGAAGAAGAGGAAAUCCGUGGCAGCCCGGACAAGUAUUCUGUUUUCUCCAAGAUCCAUUUGGCGGUCCCCCGAAAAGCACGGCUCUCGCUCAAGCACCAUGGCCAUACAGAGGGGGCUCAAGACCAUACUACCAUCUUCCAGUCUAUUCGGAGGUGUUCAAGCUUAAGAAGCACCUCCAACCGAAGAGUGUACCCAUCAAUAGAUCCCAACGUGCUAGCCGUGGUCAACUUGCGUGAAGAUACAGCAAAAGACAACCUGACCGCGACCCGGCAAGGAGAUGCUCGUAAUACGAGCAGAAGGGCUCGUCUUAGCAAGCUCCCUCGUAAGAGCAACAUUCCACAAGCAAAGAGGCUUUUGGUCAAGGACAAUCCGUCAAAUCUUUCAACGCUUGAACUCAAACCAGAUUGCCAGUACGGAUCACCUGCACCAAUUACUCAGGCCCAGCUCGCGAAUCCAUCAUCAGACGCUCAAAAUACACCAUUGGCAGAGAUUCAACAACCUAUUUGCGAGGAAAUCCAGUUUCAUGCUGCACCUUCGCACCUAUCAGGGAGACAACCUGGGCUACGACUCAGUUCAGAGACUUCGUCCGAUGUGGCCGUCGUGCUGGCCGCAAAGGGUUCUCCCGAGACCCUGUCACAAUACCCAUGUCCCAUUCGGGACUCAAUAGCUGGAAUAGCUGGAACGGAUGACUCUGCUCUUGUGAGAGAUUAUGCAAAUGUCUCAUCGUUGGUCCAGGAUUCAAGCCAAACAUUUGUCAAUAACAAGCCUUUCAUCCGAAGGUCUGCAAGCUCGAACACGCGAGGUUUACCAAAGAAGCUAGGGAGCGGUAUUAGAAGAAGAUUCGAUAAGCUCAUGGCCAAGAACCUGGACAGUCCUGUCAACGAAAACGUUCGAAGCUGCAUGCGUAGCAGCUGCCACGAUAGCGAGCCCAUGGACUAUCCUAGAUCACGAGCCCUGGCCACGGAGGGACAUGAUCACGCUUUCAGUGAGGGCCAAAGUCCUGAUGCUCUCGCCGACCACACAAGCCGAAUAACCUCGAAUACAAGCGGAAAUGAGAAUGCUGAGCUCAUAGCAGGGGAGCCAGUUGCUUUUGAAGAUACUCACAGCUCAUCAUCAUCAGGAAUUCCGGACCGAAGUCCGCAGAUGCCUUGCCAACGGUGGGGGCUUUCCGAAACGUCCAUCAGGGGCCACACGGCAGAAUCGACAGCCGCCACUGGCAACACGGAGCGAUAUGCCACCCCGCUUAGCAGGAUUUCGGUUUAUCAUGAUGCUGGCUCCCGCAGAUAUGCUGCAUCGGACACGUUCAACGCCGACUUGGAAAUCGCAUCGACGAAGAGUGACGCUCCCACAAUGAGGAAAACCAAAUCUACAACAACACUUAACAAGUGUGGUAGAGAAGACAGCAUGACCAAGUUCCAGACUUGGGGUGGCCGGUCCAAAACCCAGCCUGUUUUGAUGAGCAGUACUCUAGAAUAUGGCCAGCAGCUGGAAGAAGCGCUGCAGCAGGAAAAGGAUAAAGUUCAAGAGUGGGCAUUAGUCGCCGAGAUGAGACAUUGA